UCCCCCUCCACUCUCAGGGGGAGGAGCAACAUGGCGGCACCUCCACCACCACCACCACCGGCUGCGGGUUUUCCAAACAGAAACAGAGUUGCGAUUUUAGCAGAAUUAGACAAAGAGAAGAAAAAACUUUUAAUGCAAAACCAGUCUUCAACCAACAACCCAGGUGCCAGCAUCGCACUUUCAAGGCCUAAUGUAAACAAAGAUAUCCGUGACCAUGCUGAGCAGCAACACAUAGCAGCACAGCAGAAAGCUGCACUUCAGCAUGCUCACGCUCAUUCAUCUGGAUACUUCAUAACCCAAGACUCUGCAUUUGGAAACCUGAUUCUCCCAGUAAUACCACGUCUUGAUGCAGAAUAAUAGACUACAGUGCCCUUCUUCCAGCUGUACAUACUGCCUUAAGGAAGCUAUUUAAAAGUGAACCUUCUUGUCCUGUAUCUUUCUUACAUAUUAUUUUGCUAUUUUUUUUAACACAUUCUGUCAAUGUUUAAUGUGAACAUCUGCUGAUAAAGCAUCAGUAAGAGAGAGGAAUCAUUAAACUAUCACGCACA